AUGAAGAGAAGUAGAGAGGAUGAACCUACUCAUCCUCCUACUAAUCCAUCUCUUGCACACGGCAUCAUUCCAUUCUGGGAUGAGUACUCACAACAAGUAUCGGAUGAACUUUGGGCAUGUUCAAGAGAUUCCUUUCAUGAGUUUAAUCAGUACAACAACAAGGGAUGCACUGACGGAUGGUUCAACUUUUCUCAAUUCACUGUGAUUGAAUCCAAGCCAGUGUUUGAUGUUCCACUCAAUGUUCACCACUCCAUAACAGAGAAUGUGGCUUUUGAUAACUCUAAAAAGCCACCUCAGCUCAAGAAAGCAAAAAAGAAUCAAAAGGUGGCCCAAAAAUUUCAAGCAGACAAAUCCUUGAAAAUCCGACUCUACCCCAAUGAACAAGAAAGGACAACAUUGAAUCAGUGGAUGGGAACUGCUCGUUGGAUCUACAACAAGUGCUUAGAAUUUACACACAACUUCAAAGAUGUCAAGAAAAACAAGAAGAAUUUCAGAACGUUUGUGGUGAACAACGAUAAUUAUCAGACAGAAAAUCAGUGGGUUGUGAAUACUCCUUAUGACGUAAGAGAUGCUGCCGCUAUUGAAUUGUUGACUGCGUUCAACACUAAUUUUGAAAAGAAGAAGGCUGGAAUGAUUGACAAGUUCAUGAUCCGUUUCAGGCGAAAGAAAGACAGAAAAGAUCAUUUUGUUCUCCACUGCAAGCACUGGAAGAAAAAGAGUGGACUGUAUUCUUUUAUAAGGAACAUCAAGAGUGCCGAACCUUUGCCUGAGGAGCUUCAGUACGAUUCCAUCAUUAUUAAGAACAAGUUGAACCAUUAUUAUUUAUGUAUCCCACAAGUACUGGAUAUUAGGGGUGAGAACCAAGCCCCUCAACAUUCAGGACAAGUUGUAGCAUUGGAUCCAGGAGUAAGAACAUUUCAGACCACCUUUGAUUUGAAUGGUUAUUCAACCAAAUGGGGCUCAGGAGGUGCCGAAAGAAUUGGUAGAUUGUGUUGCGCGUAUGAUAAGUUGCAAUCGAAGUGGUCUCAACCAGAAGUCAGACAUUGCAAAAGAUACAAGUACAAGAGAGCAGGAAGAAGAAUUCAACAAAAGAUUAGAAAUAUUGUGGAUGAUCUUCACAAGAACUGUGUUUGUGGCUGUGUCGAAACUACCAAGUGA